AUGACUACGUUGUCGGUUUCAGUACGGCUUGUGAAUGGGGAAGCACCUAAUGAAGGUCGAGUUGAAGUGUACUACAAAUGCCACUGGGGUACAAUCUGUCAGAAUGACUGGUCCAUCAGAGAUGCCAAUGUCAUCUGCCGACAGCUCGGCUACCCUUCUGCAUCGCAGGCCUGGCACAGUGCUCACUUUGGCCGAGGAUCAGGAGUAAUUGUCCUGAGCAAUGUUGCAUGUCGUGGCAAUGAAUCAAGUAUUGACCUGUGCCAUCACAGUGGAUGGUAUGUUACCUCCGGCUGCAAUCAUUAUGGGGACGCUGGAGUAACUUGUGACUUAACAUCUCCAGAAGUCACUGUGCGUUUGAUCAAUGGGAACGCACCAAAUGAAGGUUCAGUUGAGGUGCAGUACAGAGGCCAAUCGGGGAGCGUCUGUGGUUACAACCCAGUCUGGAGAAUUGAAGAAGCCAAUGUCGUCUGUAGACAACUCGGCUACCCUUCUGCGUCUCAGGCCUGGCAGAACGCUCACUUUGGGCAAGGGUCUGGGCCGAUUCUCCUCGUAAAUGUUGCAUGUGAUGGAUACGAAUCACGCAUUGACCAGUGUGACUAUAGGGGCUGGUUGAUGUCUAGCUGCAUUCAUUCCCAUGAUGUCGGAGUGACGUGUGAUGUAACGACUCCCGCUCCGGUGGUUGUCCGUCUUGCUAAUGGGAACACGCCGCAUGAAGGGAGAGUGGAAGUAUUCUACCGAUGUGAAUGGGGUACUAUCUGUGGUAGACACUGGGGCAUUGAGGAGGCUAAUGUCGUCUGUCGACAGCUCGGCUACAUCUCUGCAACUCAGGCCCGGUGGUAUGCUCACUUUGGUCAAGGAUCAGAGCCGAUUCUCCUGAACAAUGUUGUUUGUCGUGGCAGUGAAUUAAGAAUUGACCAAUGCGAUCAUACUGGAUGGUACAAUCACGAUUGUUCGUAUCACUCCUAUGAUGUUGGAGUGACAUGUAACGAGACCUCUCCGAAUCCUGUUCCAGUUCGACUCACCAAUGGCAGCUUCCCGUAUGAGGGUCGUAUAGAAAUAUACCACGAUGGUCAGUGGGGCACUGUCUGUGACGAUGGCUGGAGCAUUGAAGAUGCCAACGUCACCUGUCGACAACUCGGCUACCCUCCUGCAUCACAGGCCUGGCAGGGUAGUCACUUUGGUGAAGGAUCAGGACCGAUUCUCCUGCGCAAUGUUGCUUGCAAUGGCACCGAAUCAAACAUAGACCUAUGUGAACACAGUGGGUGGUUCAAUCACAGCUGCAGUCACGCAGAAGAUGCCGGAGUGACUUGUGGGGAGCAACUCAUUGUCAACGACUCUUCACCAGUUUCAGUACGGCUCGUGAACGGGAAUGCACCUAAUGAAGGUCGAGUGGAAGUGUACUACAAAUGCCACUGGGGUACAAUCUGUCAUAAUGGCUGGUCCAUCAGAGAUGCCCAUGUCAUCUGCCGACAGCUCGGCUACCCUUCUGCAUCCCAGGCCUGGCACAGUGCCCACUUUGGCCGAGGAUCAGGCCCGAUUCUCCUGAGCAAUGUUGCAUGUCGUGGCAAUGAAUCAAGUAUUGACCAAUGUGAUCACAGUGGAUGGCAUGUUACCUCCGGCUGCAGACAUUAUAGUGACGCUGGAGUAACUUGUUAUUUAAUAUCUCCACAGCAAGUUUCUGUACGUCUGAUCAAUGGGAACGCACCCAAUGAAGGUACGGUUGAGGUUAACUACACAGGCCAAUGGGGGAGUGUCUGUGGUAACAACCCAGUCUGGAGAAUUGAAGAAGCCAACGUCGUCUGCCGACAACUCGGCUACCCUUCUGCAUUUCAGGCCUGGUCGAACGCUCACUUUGGGCGUGGAUCUGGGCCGGUUGUCCUCGAAAAUGUUGCAUGUGAUGGACAUGAAUCACGCAUUGACCAGUGUGACAGUGUGAUGUCUAGCUGCAGUCAUUACUAUGACGUCGGAGUGACGUGUGACGUAACCACCCCAUCUUUGGUGGUUGUCCGUCUUGCUGAUGGUAACACGCCGCAUGAAGGGAGAGUGGAAGUAUUCUACCGAUGCGAAUGGGGUACUAUCUGUGGCACUAGUCACUGGGGCAUUGAAGAGGCAAAUGUCAUCUGUCGACAGCUCGGCUACAUCUCUGCAACUCAGGCCUGGCGGAAUGCUCACUUUGGUCAAGGAUCAGGGCCGAUUCUUCUGAACAGUGUUGUGUGUCGUGGCAGUGAAUCAAGUAUUGACCAAUGCGAUCAUGCUGGAUGGUACAACGAAGAUUGUUUGCAUCACACCUACGAUGCUGGAGUGACAUGUAACGAGACGUCUUCCAGUCCUGUUCCAGUUCGACUUACCAAUGGCAGCUUCCCGUAUGAGGGUCGUAUAGAAAUAUACCACGAUGGUCAGUGGGGCACUGUCUGUGAUGAUGGCUGGAGCAUUGAAGAUGCCAACGUCAUCUGUCGGCAACUCGGCUACCCUCCUGCAUCACAGGCCUGGCAGGGUAGUCACUUUGGUGAAGGAUCAGGACCGAUUCUCCUCAGUAAUGUUGCUUGCAAUGGCACCGAAUCAAACAUUGACCUAUGUGAACACAGUGGGUGGUUCAAUCACAGCUGCAGUCAUGCAGAAGAUGCCGGAGUGACUUGUGGAGAGCAACUCAUUGUCAACGACUCUUCACCAGUUUCAGUACGGCUUGUGAAUGGGGAAGCACCUAGUGAGGGUAGAGUGGAAAUCUACUACAAAUGCCACUGGGGCACAAUCUGCGAUAGUGGCUGGAGCAUCAGACAUGCCCAUGUAAUCUGUCGGCAGCUCGGCUACCCUUCUGCAUCCCAGGCCUGGCAGAGGGCUCACUUUGGCCAAGGUUCGGGGCCGAUUCUCCUGAACAGUGUUGCGUGUCAGGGCAAUGAAUCAAGUAUUGAUCAGUGCCAACACAGUGGCUGGUAUGGCAGCUAUGGCUGCAGACACAAUCGUGACGCCGGAGUAACUUGUGACUUAACAUCUCCACAAGUCACUGUGCGUCUGAUCAAUGGGAACGCACCCAAUGAAGGUGCAGUUGAGGUGCAGUACAGAGGCCAAUGGGGGAGCGUAUGUGGUUCCAACUGGAGAACUGAAGAAGCCAAUGUCGUCUGUCGACAACUCGGCUACCCUUCUGCAUUUCAGGCCUGGUCGAACGCUCACUUUGGGCGUGGAUCUGGGCCGGUUGUCCUCAAAAAUGUUGCAUGUGAUGGACAUGAAUCACGUAUUGACCAGUGUGACUUUAGGGGCUGGUUGAUGUCCAGCUGCAGUCAUUACUAUGACGUCGGAGUGACGUGUGACGUAACCACCCCAUCUCCGGAGUAUUUAAAAUCCUACAUCGCCAUCAUUAUCCAGUCGACUCUCGUCGGACAGCAACAGAGACACGCCAUACAUCACGCUCUCCCAUUGCCGUCCUGA